CGCAGACGCAGAGUGGCCUGGCGGGCUGGGGGACGUAGUGAUCCCACACAACCGGGCUUCCCCACUGCUACGGGGUGUUCAGUGUUUCCGGAAUAAACAUGCACCGAGAGGCCUCGGAGCCCGUGGCGGACGGGGGAGCGGAGCAGGACUGCGCGCGGGAGCCGGGCUUGGAGCCAGCCAUGGAGGAGUUGGCGGGUGAUCACGGGAACGCAGGCCAAGGGGGCCGCAAGGAAGAAAUUAAUGAUCCUAAGGAAACAUGCCUGGGUCCUUCGGACACUUCCUACCUCAGCGAGCAGAAACACAGUGGUGAUAGCUGGUCAGAUGGUCGCUUAGCACACCAAAAAGAUGACAAAGAAGAUCGUGGCCCCAGAAUUACUAAAAAUUUUCUACAAAAACUGUGCAAGAAGCACAAGCUUUAUAUUACCCCAGCACUGAACGAUACGCUGUAUUUACACUAUAAAGGCUUUGACCGCAUCGAGAACUUGGAAGAGUACACGGGGCUGCGUUGUCUCUGGCUGGAGUGCAACGGAAUACAGAAAAUCGAGAACCUAGAGGCCCAAACGGAACUGCGAUGCCUCUUCUUGCAAGUGAACUUGCUCCAUAAGAUCGAGAACCUAGAACCUCUGCAGAAACUGGAUGCUCUCAAUAUCAGCAACAAUUACAUCAAGACCAUUGAAAACCUCUCCUGCCUGCCGGUCCUCAACACGCUCCAGAUGGCCCACAACCACUUAGAGACCGUGGAAGACGUUCAGCAUCUCAAGGAGUGUUUGAAACUCUGUGUCCUUGACCUUUCCCACAACAAGCUGAGUGACCCAGAGAUCCUGAGCAUUCUUGAGAGCAUGCCCGACUUGCGUGUACUGAAUUUGAUGGGAAACCCAGUGAUCAGGAACAUCCCUAAUUAUCGAAGGACUGUCACUGUUCGACUAAAACGUUUAACAUACCUGGAUGAUAGACCAGUUUUUCCAAAGGACAGAGCUUGUGCAGAGGCCUGGGCACGAGGAGGGUACACAGCUGAGAAGGAGGAGAGACAGCAGUGGGAGAGCAGAGAGCGGAAGAAGAUCACAGACAGCAUUGAGGCCUUAGCCGCAAUCAAGCGCCAGGCAGAGGAGAGGAAACGGCAGAAAGCAAGCCAAGUGCAAGGGGAGGUGCUCACACCAGACAGUGCCGGGGACCUGGGCGCCAGUGUGGAAGGGGAGGAAGCGCCUGCAGAGGACAGAGAAAGGUGGCAGAAGACGGAGCUGUCUGUCAAGGAGAGCUUCGAGGCCAAGGACGAGCUAUUCCCAGAAAAGUCAGAAGAGUCGCGUCUCCCGGAGGAGCUGCCUGUGGAUGCUGACGGGGAGCCGGGAGGGGCGCGCCCUGCCGAGGCCCCGCCACCGAGCCCCAGAGCUGCCUGGGAAGAAUCAGCUCCCCAGACUGUGGCCACUGAAAGUGCAUCAGGUACAGAGCUCUGUGGAGCUGAAGAUUUGGAAGCCAUCAGACUGGAGACGAAGGAGAAGCUCUUCAUCGACGACCUGCCUGACUUGGAAGACGUGGAUGCGGGCGGAUCUCCGGGAGACCAGCACAAGAAGAUGUGCUUUCCAAAGAUUACAGCCAUCUCGAGCCUGAGUGACGACAGUGACCCUGAACUGGACUACACCUCACUCCCAGUGCUGGAAAACGCAUCCACAGACACCCUUUCCAAUAUAUUCGCAGUCUCCAAGGACACCUGCAGGAAGGCCGAGACGGAGACGCCCUUUACAGGCAUAUUUAAAGCAGCAGCAGAGAGGGACUUGGAAACCCACAGGAGAGACACCAAGGCCCCUCGCCCACUGAUCCAGGAGCUGGACGACGAUGAGCCUUCAGGGCGACCACCCUGGCCCCCAGCCUGCGAAAGGGAAGCCGCGCCAGCCCCGUGCAGCGAGGACAGGGAUGGGGACCUGCUUCUGGCCUCCCCUCCAGGAAACAGCCCUGAAAAGGAUGAAGUCCAGUCUGAGACGGAGCCUGAGGAGUGCCCGGAGCCCAAGGCCAGAGAAGACUGGGGCGACAUUGAAUUUGGCCUGGACUGAGCCCAGGGCAGCCCCUCUGCUCUUGGACUAACAGGGACAGGCCCUGGCCUGACCCCCCAGCAGGGGCAGGUCACCCCCUUGGCUGGGCUCCCCUUCCCUUCAAAGAGCUGCGGUUACUGAGGGCGUGCAGGGCCCCGGACGUGGAUGGCUCUGUGCUCCCUGCUCUCAAAGCGUAACACAACCCCUGGUUAUUUGCAGAAUAAACCA